UCUUAUAUAAUAAUUAAAUAUAUCUCAAUCUCUGCACUCCUUCUCUCAUCUCGAAAUGGAAAACCUUAUCGAACGCCCCUUCGUGAAGUUCUCUCCUAGUUUAUGGGGUGAUUAUGGCUUCCAUUCAUCCUCCAUCGACGAUCAGGUUGCUGAAGCAUAUGCAAAAGAGAUUGAGGUUUUGAAGGAGCAAACAAGGGCUACGCUGUUGCAGACCAUUGCUUCUGGAAGCAGCAGUGAUGUGGCCCAGAAAAUAAGAAUCAUCAACUUGCUCCAACGCCUUGGAAUAUCAUAUCACUUUGAGAAAGAGAUUGAUGAUCAACUCCGGCAUAUUUAUACCCACCCUGUACACUUGAAUGACUUGGAAACUGUUGCUAUUCAGUUUCGAGUGAUGAGGAAACAUGGUUACAACAUUUCUACUGAUAUUUUCAGUAACUUUGUUGACGGGAAUGGGAAGUUCAAAGACACAUCUGAUGUGAAGGGUCUGCUGAGUUUGUACGAAGCUUCGUACGUGAGAACACGCAGUGACGAAGUUUUAGAAGGCGUUACCGCUUUUGCGGAGACUCGUCUCCGAUCUGCACUACCAAAUCUAAAACCCAACAGCACUUUAGAAAAGCUGGUGACGCACGCGCUGGAUCAGCCAUUUCACACCGGUCUGCCCAGAGUGGAAACGCGCUUUUUCAUUUCAGUGUACCAAGAAGAAGACGAAUCGUCGAGGAACGAUGAGUUGCUCCGCUUUGCCAAAUUGGAUUUUAAUUUGCUGCAGAUGUUGCACAAGCAAGAGCUCAGUGAAGUCUCCAGGUGGUGGAAAGAUUUGAACUUAAUAGCAACACUUCCUUAUGCAAGAGAUAGAGCCGUUGAAUGUUAUUUUUGGGCACUAGGAGUAUACUUUCAGCCUCAGUAUUCUAAGGCUAGAGUCAUACUGGCCAAAAAUAUUUCAAUUGUUUCAAUUGUGGAUGACACGUUUGAUGCUUAUGGUACCGUAGAAGAAUUAGAGGUCUACACAGAUGUCAUACAAAGGUGGGACAUUAACGAAAUGAAUCGCCUGCCAAACUAUAUGAAAAUUAGCUAUAAAGCUAUGCUAGACCUUUUUGAGAACGAUGAAAAGGAUCUUUCAAAGGAAGGAAGAUCAUAUGCCAUUCAACAUGGAAGGGAACGGAUGAAGGAACUUGUGAGAUGCUACUUUACUGAAUCCAAAUGGUUUAGUAAUGAAGGACACCAGCCUGCAUUUGCUGAAUACCUAAAAAACGCAUUCGCUACUUCCGCUUACUAUUUGCUGUCCACAAUAUCUUGCUAUACGUUGAAGUCAGCUGAUGAGCAAGCAUUCAAUUGGUUAAUGAAAAAUCCUAAAAUUCUUGAAGCAGGCGUCACGAUAUGCAGACUCAUCGAUGACAUAGCCACCUUUGAUGGUGAAAAAGAAAGAGGGCAAGUUACAACUGGUAUUGAAUGCUACAUGAAGGAAUAUGGCGUAUCACUAGAAAAGGCAAUGGAAAAGUUUCAAGAAUUAGCUGAUCUUGCAUUGAAAGAUUUGAAUGAGGGACUUCUUCAACCAACGCCUGUUUCUUCUGAGAUUCUCUUACGCAUUUUCAACCUUACUUGCAUUAUUUUUGUUACAUAUCAGCACAACCAAGAUGGGUAUACUUGUCCUGAAAAGGUUUUGAAGCCUCACAUUAUUGGUCUACUCGUAGAUCCGCUGCCACUCUAGUUAUGUAUUAAUAGCACAAACUGUGCGUUUUUAAUAAGACAGUCCUAUAUGAGCAACUCCUCUUGAGUUAUGCUAGGGUAAUUAUUAUGUUCGUAGUCAUACAUUUUAACAACUUGUUCUCAUCAACGUUGUAACUGUUUCUUAAAUUUGGUGAUAAAUAAAUUUCUGAAGAUCCAUUAUCUGAA